AUGGUGUGCUUGGAUGAUCAUGCAAGCAAGCUCAAGGCCGAGCUCGGCAACAACAGCAAGGAUGACCCGCUUAUCGGUCUGGACAAGAACCAAGAGGUCGUCGACAAUUUCGACGGAGCCCAGAUGUGGUGGAGGCUGUGCCCCAAAUCCGCCAAGAACAUGGGGGGCCCACCGUCAUCAGCUUGUUGCCCUGGGGAUUCCGACGAUGAGCCUCGGUGCUACAGGCUGGUGUUUCACAAGCGCCACCGCAAACUUGUGCUCGACUCCUACCUGCCCAGCAUCGUCCGGCAGUGGCGCGAGAUAAUCGCCACGAACCGGCAGAGGCUACUGUUCACCAACCACUCCCAAGAAGGGAAGAGCAGGUGGAUCAAUGUCCCGUAUAAUCCCCGGGCGACGUUUCGACAUGCUCGCCAUGGACCACAGCAAGAAGAUCGAGAUCAUGGAGGAUCUCACGGCAUUCCCGUGGCGAAGGAGUACCACUCCAAGGUCGGCAAGGCGUGGAAGCGGGGAUACCUCCUGCAUGGACCGCCGGGCACAGGCAAGUCCACCAUGAUCGGGGCUAUGGCCAACUUCCUCGAGUAUGAUGUCUACGACCUCGACCUAACAUCCAUCAAGGACAACGCCGAGCUGCGGAAGCUCUUCCUUGAUACGACGGACAGAUCCAUCAUCGUUAUCGAGGACAUCGACGCGAUUGAGGUCGAACUCACCACCAGCGCGCAAGGGCAAGGAGGCAGCCAAAGAGAAUGA